ACUAUCGGUAAUACAGAGCGCACUAAGCGGUUGCCAUCAUUGACGUUUUUUGGCGUGCUUUCAGCCGACUUGACAAGAUGGUUCCGACGCGUUAUAUCAAUAAAUAACGUAACGAAAGAAGAGCUUUUACGCGUUUUUAAGACCUGUAGUGAUUAAAAAUGAGUAAGUGCGCGUAUAGAAUAACGAUAUUAAUUGCGUAGGGUGCGUGAAACUGCGUUUGUGAUCAGAACGAAACACUUUUUCGGCGCGGCUUUGGUGUUGUGCGGCAGCCACCCAUCAUCAUCAAUCUUUAAGGCGGGCAAAAACAAUUAAAAAUAAAGAGGAAAUAGUGUUAGGUCAAAACAAGUUAUGGCGCAUUCAAUUGUUAAGGUAACUGAAAGUCAAGGAAAUGACAGUUUAUUGUUGGUAAUUGGUGAAGAUGGUACUGUAACUCCUGAUAAAGAAACAGUUCAAAGUUAUUUAAAUAACAGACCGGGUGCAACGGAACUUCAAGUGAUGCAUAUGAACAAAACUGAUGGGAGAAAUAUUGAUAUUACAUUAGAUACAUUAACAUAUAUUCAUUCUGAAGAAAUUAUAGAAAGUGAAGAAGACAUGGAUAAUUUACAAAGAAAUUUAUUAAAUUUCCGUAUGGAUCAUGAUUAUACGCCGUUGACGUCUCCUAAAAGGCAAACACCGUCUCCUCAAACAGAAACGAUCGAUGAAUUAGCACACACAUUAAGUUUAUUAGAUGGAUCAGUGGAAGAACCUGUUAAAAUAAAACCAAAACAACCUGGAAAAUCUCGGAAAGUUAUUUCCUUAUCAAUGAAUAGAAAUCAAAAAGCUAAAAUGAUAACAACAUCCCAAAAUGUAACCAAACCCAAACAAAUUGCUGUAAUUAACAAAAUCACAAAAAUUUCAAAACCACAAGAUGAGGAAGAAGCUGAAGAUGAUGAAAGUGAUGAGCACUUUAAUGAAGAAGAAGAUGAUGAUAACGAUUCUGAUUUUGAGUUGGAAGAGAAGCCCAAAAUUAUUAAAAGGGGGAUAUCAACACGAACAAGAAGAUCAACUGAUACACCAAAAAUGAAAAAAACAUUUAAAAAAGAACCUAAACCUGAACCAGAAUCGCCUAAAAACGAAAAAGAAAUUGAAAUAAAAUCAGAAUCAAAACAACCCGAUAAAAAAACCCCUAAAAAAGAGAAAAAAGUCCCAAAACCACCCGAUGAUUUCGCUUUAUUUUCAACCCCUGAUAUAAUACGUAGAGUUGGAGGUAAAGAACCUCAAACUCCAACAACACCGACCACUCCAGAGACACCGAAAUUAACAAAACCAGCUAAAAUUUCAAUGGAAAAUCGUAGUAAAAGUAACGACGUUAAAAAACGACUCAGUGUUGAUCAAAAAAGAAUUUCAUUAGAUGAAAAAACACGAAGAACCAGCUUAGAUAAACAAAAUAAAUCAACAGAAAAAAAAGAAAGCCGAGUUACUGUUCAAGGAUAUGAUGAAUCACUUGGAAGUAAUUCAAGUGAAUCUAUGAUGGAGUCGCAAUUAGAACCACUUCCUUCAGCGGAAGAUAUUCGUUCAAUUAUACAAAAUGAAAAUACGAAAUCUUUUACGACUUCUUUAAUAAUACCGGAAACUGAUAUGGAAAGUAAUGAUCAAAAUCAAUUGGAAUCUGGUGGAUUAGAAUUGGAUCAAUCGAUUUUGGAUAAUAUAAACACUGAUUUAAUUUCGGAAGAUAUUUUGUAUCAAGUUGCGCAAUCUUUAGCGGAAAAUCCCGAUUUGCAAAAUGUAAUUGAUAAAUCGAUUGUUGAUGGAAAUUUAAUUUUAGAUCCGUCACUUCAAAAUUUAAAUGAAGAGCAAUCUUUGCAAUCGAAUCAACAAACACAAUCGAAUAACGUUCAGCACGCGACAUCAUCGUUUGGCGAAUCAUCUAAUACUACCCCUAAAGGUACUCAAAUUAUUCGACCGGAUGGAAGGGUACUAGUUUUACCACCUAUUGAAAGGCCAACAACAAGAAGUAGGAAUCGAAGGGGCGUUGAUAAUACGGAAGUUAGGCAAGUUACAAGACCGGUGAAGCCAUUAGACGAUCAACAUGUCUCUGGGAACGAAUUGGAUAGCUCAGACGAAGAGGAGGAAUCAGAAGAUGACCCAAAUAAAUUAUGGUGCAUUUGCAAUCAACCCCAUAACAAUCGCUUUAUGAUUUGUUGCGAUACCUGUGAAGAAUGGUACCAUGGAAAAUGCGUUAAUGUUACUAAAGCGAUGGGUCAAAUGAUGGAACAAGAAGGAAAAGAAUGGAUUUGCGUCUAUUGUAAGGAUCAUUCUUUAAAACGACCAAGUGCUGCAGCCAGACGUGUUCGAAAGGCUUCGCGCGCAUCCCGCACUUCAACAGACAGCGCAAGCAGUCAAAGGAAGUCAACUUCCGCGUUAUCAUCGGAAUCUACGAAAUCACCCGCUUGUAUAGUAUGCAGAAAAUCCUCGCGAAGCAAUUCGAUUUAUUGCAGCGAUGAGUGCAUCCUUAAGCACGCUCAAGGCGUUGAAAAAGUAGUCGUUUUCGAUCGAAGAACGGGUAAAACUUUAUCUGGAAGUGCAGCCCCUUCAGCUGCGAAUUUGGAAAAGUGGCUUAAAGAACAUCCCGGUUUUGAAGUCGCGAGGCCCAGACCUAAGAAAAUGAUGCAAUCUAAACUGCAAUUGGUGAAAAAUUCCGGUAAUGAUGGAGUUUCGUUGUCGGUGAAUAAAAAAGGGGUUAGUAUCGGUGUUUUGGAACAUUCUCCAAAACAGGAACAAGGAUUAAAGUCAAAACUGAUUACUGGUGUAAAAAUUCUAAAUAAAAACGCACCAUCGACUCCCCAAAAAACGGUUAAAUUAAUUCAACCAGUACCAAUAACAAGACCGCAAUCAGCAGUAACAAAUACAACAACACCAACAAAACCGAGAAUUUUAAACCCUGGAGUGAGACAACAAACGACACCACCGCCCCCAAAAGAAAAAGUGGUCGUAAUGAAAACUCCUAAAGCACGCCAAGCGGAAGUUAAUCAACAACCAAAAACUGAAAAUGUACGCGAUAAUGUAAGAAAAACUUUAAUGGAACAAUUAAUGAAUCGAUUAAAAAUGACCGACGAUUUAAAAUUAACCCCGAAUGAAGUAACAAACAUUUCUAACGACAUAGAAAGUCAACUUUAUAAAUGUUUCGGAGAUACAGGGCAAAAAUAUAGGACGAAAUAUCGUAGUUUAAUUUUUAACAUAAAAGAUGUUAAAAAUCAAACUUUAUGGAGGAGGAUUUGUGAGAAAGCGAUCAAUCCGUAUCAAUUGGUGCGUUUAUCGCAUGAUGAUUUAGCUAGCCAAGAAUUAGCACUUUGGAGACAACGGGAAGCUAAACACCAAUUAGAUAUGAUUGAAAAAUCUGAAUUGGAGUUAUUAAAUUGUAAUAGACAAUACGUAUUUAAAACCCAUAAAGGAGAACAAGUUUUCGAAGACGAUCGACCAAAAGAUCAAACUGUAACGGAAGUUAUAACCGCGUUAAACAACGAAGUUGAAAAGGAUGAUGGGAAAAAGGACUCGUCGAAAGAUAAAGAUAAAAAAUCUUCGAAAAAGCGCGAAAGAAGCCGAGAUAGAAAAUCGAGUAAAGAAAAAAGCGAUAGCAAAGAAAGAAGGAAAGAUCAUCGUUCAAGCAGUAGAGAUAGAGAUAAGGAUAAAGAUAGGAGUAGAGAUAAAGAACGCGAUCGAAAGAAAAGAUCGCGUAGCAGGGAUCGUUCUAGGCAUAGCGAUAAACAUAGAUCGAGAAGUCGCGAUAGAGAUCGUCAUAGGAAAAGCUCGCAUAAAAGUUCAAGGCACAAAAAAGAACCGGCCGCAGAAACUAAGUUGGAUAAGAAAUCGAAGGAAAUUUUGGAGCAACUCGUUGAUAAACAAAUCGUUCCACCGCUUGAAGAUCGAUUAUGGAAGCAUGUUCCGCAAGAAGAUGUUGUUGCUGGUAAUCCAGAGAGCGAUAGUGAUCACGAACCUAGUUCUACCGUUACAAUUCCUACACCACCAAGAAAUAGCGAAAGUGAUGAACCACAGAGUACACCAGUUAUGACAGUUACAACUGAUAAAACAGAAAAGAAAAAACCAAUAAAAUCAAUAUCGGUAGAAACUAUUGAAUCAAUUUCUCCUAAAGCAGAAAGUGUUGAGUCUCGAACAGCUGAUAAUAUAUGGACUGGAACAAUUAAUAUGGUGGAUGUUGCUCAAAUAUCAAUUACAGCACAUGAAGUUUCUGGAGAUUGUAAUGGGUUAAGUGAUGAACUUCCACCAUCAUUAGAUAUAGUUGGAAGAAUUACUCCAGAAACUGUGUGGGAUUAUAUAGGAAAAAUGAAGUGUUUACACAGCAAAAUGAUCUCGUUACUCCGCCUAAACGCGACAAACAUAGAAGAAAAGAUGCCUUACAUCGCACUGUAUAGUUAUUUAUCAAGCAGAAAUCGUUUAGGAGUCGUUAAAUCUAUCAACAAAGCAGUGAAAGAUUUUUACAUUUUGCCAUUGGGUAGUAACGAUCCUAUUCCGCCAGCUUUACUCCCAAUAAAUGGAGCAGGAUUUGAAGAUAAUCGUCCACCUUUGUUGGUUGGAAUAAUCGUCCGUGAUAAACGAAAACGACCAAUGUUAGAUUCAAUAACAAGCGCCGUUUUGAAUAAAAAAUCAAAAAUUGAUUCAUCCGUUUCCUCCCCAACUGUAAAAGCCCGUUCGGCAACGCCUCCACUUCCUGCUACAACCACAAGAUCUUACACUCCACCACCGAGUCGCGAUCCCCGAUUAAAACCUGUUUAUAACACAUCAACGCCACUGCCAGCUCCUUCAGCAACGAGUACUGCUGAUGAAGAUGAACCUUAUAGUCCCGAAGAUUCAGAUCCUGAAGCUACAACUCCACCACUGCCAUCUACAGACUCCACUAAUAAAACUGCUACCCAAGCUGCUUCUACUACUACAACAACCUUAAUAAAUCCAGUUAUUAAAAGUAAUUCAUCAUUUCUUUCGUCGCAAACCUUUAAACCUUUUAGUAAUAAAUUUGAUGAUAUACCAGGCUUAGAUUUGCAAGACACCAACAACCUUCCUGCAAGUACGCUGGAAUUACAAAGAAAAAUGGCUGAAUUAGAUCAAAUAAUCGCGAUGCAACAAGCGGAAAUACAAAACAUGUCCCAAGAUAUCGUUUCUUCAGCUUCAGCCACAAGCUCUGAUAUAGGAACGUCAGCUUUAGCUAAUAUAGCUUUACCAAAUAAUCUCCAACAGAUUCUAGAAAACAUUAAAAUCAUUGGAGCACAAACAAAAACAGAAUCCGAUUCGCCAACUAGUAAAGUGGUAUCGUCCCCUCAACAAGAUUUGACAAUUCCUUUAAUGCUUCCGAAAAUAAGUUCGCGUACAAAUCAAAAAGUUGAAACGUCAUCUCCAACGAUUCCGUUAAAUCUCCCUAAAUUGAAAGGAAAUAAACAAUCGGCUGCUAAUUCUCCCCAACCGUCUGCAGAAGCUGAUAAAAGUUCUUCAAGCGUGUUGAGUUCCUUAUCUGAAGAAGAUCUGAUUAGGAAAGCGGCUGAAAUGUUGGGAGAAACCGAAACGCCGGUGAAAAAACAAAAAAGGAAUGAACCUGAAAAAGAGGUUCCACCACCUCCAAUUUAUACUCCAAGUCCGAGUUUGUUUUCUCAACCUCCACCAUUAAUCGUCGCCCCUCCACAAGCACAAAAUGUGUGUCCAUUGCAAAGUAAAAGAUCUCGGGACAUGAGUCAACCUCCUAUUCCAGGGUUGGAAGAUGAGUGUUGAGAGUUAAAAUAUUUAAUUUUAUGAAUGGUGUAAGAGAAUUUUUUUGUUUGAC